AACAUUCAAGAGAAAAGAUUGAUGAUUAACGUAAUUGGAGUCUAUUGUGCCAUGUAUGCUGUCAAAUAUGCACUAGCAUGUACCCCACAUAUUUUGGCUAUUAGCAGUUAGCUAAUGUAAUGCGUAUCGCAGCCCGGUGCCAUACAGAUUCAGCCAACGCGUUAGCUAACUUAGCAGCAGCACCGGCUUGGUGAGGACGAACAACAACUGCAUCACAUCAUUGAGUUGGACUCAGUUUUCUGCCAGCUAGCGAGUAAACGCGUUACUUGUUAGCUAGCAUAGCCAAUCUCUGUAUACUGUCAGAUUAAAAUCUGGGCUCUCCGUAUUAGCGUAGUCGGGUUCGCAGACAUACAAGACUGGAAAGAUGUAUCAACUCCCUGUGAACAACCUUACUAGGAUACGAAGAGCGAGAAAACAGGUGAAGAAGGCGCUUAGCGACAUUGGACUGGAGUACUGCAAGGAACAAGCAGAGGACCUCAAAGAAUUUUGCCCAGAUGAGAACUAUGUGAAAAAUACUGUUGGCCUGGAACUUUGUUCAUGGGAUUCAUCAUUCUCCAAAACACAGGAGUACCGGUCAAAACCUUUCUGCUGCACAGAGUGUCACUUCUCUUCCAAGUACUACUCAGGCUACAAGAACCACUUCCGAAAUGUUCACAGGCACAACUUUGAGAACCGCAUCUUGCUCAAUUGUCCUUACUGCACCUUCACGGCAAGCAAGAAGACUAUGGAAACACACGUGAAGGUCUUCCACAUAUCCAGUGCGGCGCGUCAGGGUCUGGGAUCCUACCAGGGGUCUGCUGUGGGGCCUAAUAACAAAGUGGAGAGGGCAAUGUACUAUUGCAAGAAAUGUACUUACCGGGACCCUCUGUACAACGUUGUGCGACGGCACAUCUACAGGGAGCACUUCCAGCAUGUGGUCUCACCCUAUGUUGCCAUGGUCUCAGAAACGUCAGUCAAAAAUGGAGCCAAUGCAGUCAAUGGCAACAACAUUCUCUGUAAACGCUGUCAGUUCUCAACCCGUAGCUAUGAGGCGCUAGUGCAGCAUGUAAUUGAAUAUCAUGAGCGCAUUGGCUCUCAGGUGACAACCAUGAUCGGACAUGCUAAUGUUGUGGUGUCCAGGCCCCAAAGCUAUGGGAUAGCUCAAAAGGGUGCUGUGAUGACUGGGGGUCGUACCCUGACAUCUGAACAGGUCAGUCAUAUGGUGGGGGCCCAUCUAAAGCAGGGGCCUUCUGGACUGAAGAAUAUGACCAGUCAGUCCUCUGUGGUUGGCCAGCGUUUGUCCAUUCCUGGCAAUACUGGUUUGGGAGAAGGCAGGGUGUCCUCCUUAUCCAAUAAUCUAACAUCACCCUCAGGAAUGCAGGUAUCUGGUACCAAUGCUAGUCUUACAUCCCAAACACAGAAGUGGAAGAUAUGCACGGUCUGCAAUGAGCUCUUUCCUGAAAAUCUGUACAGUGCUCAUUUUGAGAAAGCACACAAGGCUAAGAAGGUAUGGGCAAUUGCUAAGUACAUCAUGAAGAUCCACAACUUCACUAGUAAGUGUUUGCUUUGCAACCGAUAUCUGCCCAGUGACACAUUGCUAAACCACAUGCUCAUCCAUGGACUAACCUGCCCACAGUGUCAUGCCAGCUUCAAUAAUGUGGAGAAAAUGCUGGAUCAUGUGGGGCAGGCUCACUCAGAUGAUUUUGUUGGUCCUCCAGCCUCUUCCCCGCUUACGUUUGACCUCACGAUUGGGCAGGCUAAAAACAAGAUCAUACAGCUCAUAGUUAUAACCUAUAACAUGAAGGAACCUGUUGCUGCCCAGGAGCAGUCAAUGGCUUCCCAUACUCAGAACAGCUUCCAAACUACACUGAGGGGUUUAUCUUCAAAGAUGCCAGAAAGAAAGAAUGACAUGCUGGCCAGAAGUCAAGCCACUGUGUCUGGCAGCAAUGAGGUUGGCAAAACCCUUUGCCCACUGUGUUUUACCAUCCUAAAGGGUCCCAUCUCCGAUGCAUUGGCACAACAUCUGAGGGAACGACACCAAGUGCUUCAGACAAUGCACCCUGUUGAGAAGAAGAUGACCUACAAGUGCAUCCAUUGUUUGGGUGUGUACACUAGCAACAUGGUGGCCUCCACGAUCACUUUGCACCUUGUGCAGUGCCGAGCUGUGGGCCUGGCCCAGAAAGGCUUGGGACCAAAGUCUUCCUUGACGCUCAACUCGUCUGGUGCAGGUUUCUUGAAGCGUCAGCCACCCACCCAAACCAUGUCUGACUCCAAGAGGAUGAAGAUGAACAAUGAUGUUGGAUUUUCCCCCAUGACUAUGAACAAGCCAGGGCAGGCUACUGAUCUAGUUUUGGACCCCAGAAGCUAUGAGCACAAAACGUACGAGGCACGAAAAGCCUUCCUUACAGCCUAUUUCAAUCGUCGCCCUUAUAUAACCUCACAGGAAGAGCAGAAGCUUUCUACGAGCCUGUGGCUCUGGAAAUCUGACAUUGCCAGUCACUUCGCUAAUCGACGAAGAUCGUGUGAGAAAGACUGUGAGACCAGGAAAUGGAAGGUGCUACUUGGCUUUGACAUGCAGGCACUGAAGGGAGUGAAGCAUGACAUGGACUUCGAGGAGAAAACCAAGGUCCUUGUCACCUCUGUUGAGAAGGCCUUUAAGUCUAAGCCAGCACUUAACACAGACCAAAACAAGCAAUGCGAGACAAUUAACUGUACCCUCAAGCUAAGUACUUACACAGAACCCAUAUCUAUUGACUCAUCUGAUAGUGAGUCAGAACAAGAAAACUGUUCAAUUGAGAAUGGGAAAGUUGACACACCAAAAUCUGUGGAUGUCGCUUCACAAGAGAAGUCAAACCUACCAGAAGAAAUCUCUACAAGCAUUGAUGGGCCAAGAGAGGAGAUGGGCACUUACCAAGAUGCCUGGACUGCUUUCUGUUAGUCUACUACAAACUCUUUAGGCCAAAAAAAAGGUGCCUUCAUUUGGGAACAUGAUGCGUCAAUUUCAGAGAGCAGUCUAAAUGACCUGCAUUACAGGUGAAGUAAAGUUUGAUGUGCAGGCAAUCCUUACUGUGCAGUUCUUUGGAUAUAGGGAAGGAAUUAAAAACUGACAGGACAAAUGAAGACAUCAAAGUGUGGGAUGCACAUUUUAAGUGAACAAAAACUAAGAAAUUAGAAAGUACAAUUAUGGAGAAAUACAGUUAGGUGCAGAAAUAAUUGGACACUGACAAAAUUUUCAUAAUUUUCGCAACUGAGAAUCAAUUCAAGUGCAGACUUUCAGCUUUAAAUAAAGGGGUUGAACAAAAAUAUUGUAUGAACAGUUUAGGAAUUAAUUUUUUUUUAUAUACACAGUCCCCUUAUUUCAGGGGUUUAAAUGUAAUUGGGCAAAUUAAUAUGAUCAUGAAUAAAAUGUAUUUUUAAUACUUUGUCGAGAAUCCUUUGCAGGCAAUGACUGCUUGAAGUCUGGAACCUAUGGACAUCA